AUGCCCCCCAGAAUUGUGGCUCUCUCCCUGCUGGGCUCGGCAGCCAAUCAGAAUCAGGGCGGGGCCGGGGGCUCGCCCGUCCUCGGCCAAUGGGAGCGUGGAGGGGGGGGGGAGCGGAGUCCCCGAGACCCUCGAGCGGACCGGGACCACCGGGACCGCCACAGCCCUCGGGGACAGUGGUGCCACCGGCACCCCGGGCACCGACGGGAGUCACGGGAACCCGCGGAGCCACCAGGAGCCCCAGAUCCGGUGGUGCCCCCAGGGCGAGCAGAGCCACCAGGACCCCCAAACCAACCAGGGACCGACAGACACCGUGAGGCCGCAGCCGGUACCCCCAUACCAGAACUCCCACCCCCACCGUUGUGUUCCCCGUCCCUCACCCCCGCUGGCCCCACCCACCACAAGGGGCUGAAAAUAAUCCAGGAGUUCGGGGACGGUGUCCCCAUGCUGCUCCUGGGCCUGCAGAGCUCCUGGCUGCCCUUCCACGGGGGCGUCUUGGUGGGCUUCAUCACCACCUUCCUCCUCCUCCACAUCCUCCUGCUGCCCCAGCCUGUGCCUGCCCCCAUCCGGGACCCCCAGGUGGCCAAUGCUCCCCCUGGGACGCCCUCAUCCCCCGCGCUCUACGGCGUGGCCCCAUCGGACACUGCAGGCGAGGACGCAGGGGUGGCACGGGGGCUGUUCCAGCAGGUCCGGGUGCUGUGCUGGGUGAUGACGGCACCCCAAAACCUGGAGACCAAGGCCCAGCACGUGCGGGACACUUGGGCACGGCACUGCAACGUGGCCCUGUUCAUGAGCUCGGAGCCUGCCCCCCACUUCCCGGCCGUGGGGCUGGGGGUUCCCGAAGGCCGGGGGCAGCUCUACUGGAAAACCAUCGGGGCUCUCCAGUGCGUGCAGCGGCACCACCGUGCCCACGCAGACUGGUUCCUCAAGGCCGACGACGACACCUUUGUGGUGCUGGACAACCUGCGCUGGCUGCUGGCCACACACUCGCCCCAGCGGCCCCUCUACUUUGGGAAACGCUUCCGGCCCUUCACACGCCAGGGCUACAUGAGCGGCGGGGCUGGCUACGUGCUCAGCCAGGCAGCCCUGGCCCGUGUGGCCACUGCCUUUGCCAGUGGCACCUGCACCCACACGGGCCCCGAAGAGGAUGUGGCACUGGGGCAGUGCCUGGAGCGCCUGGGGGUGGUCGUGGGGGAUUCACGGGAUACGUGGGGCCGGGAGACCUUUCACCCCUUCCCACCUGAGAUCCACCUCACUCACCGCUUCGCCCGGGACUUCUGGUACCAGCGUUACUGCUGGUACCCCGUCGUGGAGGGUCCCCAGUGCUGCUCAGACCUGGCCGUGUCCUUCCACUACGUGGCAGGGGAGGAGAUGUACACGCUGGAGUACCUGAGCCAGCGCCUGCGCCCCUACGGCUACAGACCCCGCUACCGACCCCCGAGCCCCCCCGCGGCCCCCAACUUCACCUGGACCCCCGCGGACCCCAACGCCACCAUCCGGAGCCACCCAGGUCCCCAAGCAUCCAAAGCCCCCAAGCCCUGGCACCCCCCCGGGGUGAAGGUGGCCCCAGAUUUGGGGGUUUCCUACAGUGGGGUGCACCCGGGGGAGGGGAGGCCCCCAUAG